AUGGCCCCAAAGAAGGAAGCAGCUAGAGAUGAAGACGGCGAGGAGCAAUAUGGUAUGUUGACGUCUCUGGAGCUUCGAAAGUUGGGGCUAACAAUAGCUGCACAGGCUCCAUUUACUCUGUCUCUGGGUUUGUAUAUCUCACAUAAAAAACCGGUCCAAUUACUAAUUCACGGCAGACCCGUUGUGGUGGCAGAAAACAUGAUUGGUGUUGCUAUGUACGAAUUGGUCCGUGUCGGUCACGAUAAUCUUGUCGGAGAAGUCAUUCGAAUCGAAGCAGACAGAGCUACAAUUCAAGUUUAUGAAGAGACUGCUGGUGUAACUGUAGGAGACCCUGUCCUUCGAACCGGAAAGCCUUUGUCAGUUGAACUGGGCCCUGGAUUAUUGGAAACGAUCUACGAUGGUAUUCAACGUCCUCUCAAAGCUAUUGCGGACACCUCAAACAGCAUUUACAUUCCUCGAGGUAUUACUGCACCCGCAUUGAACAGGGAGAAAGUCUGGGACUUCAAGCCUAUAAUGAAGGUUGGAGACCAUAUCACUGGUGGAGAUAUCUGGGGUACUGUUUGGGAAAACUCUCUUAUGAGCGACCAUAAGAUCCUGCUGCCACCUCGUGCAAGAGGAACAAUUACUCGCAUUGCGGAGAAGGGAGGCUACAAGGUUGACGAAAAAAUCCUGGAAGUGGAAUUUGAUGGCAAGAAGACGGAUUACAGCAUGAUGCACACAUGGCCCGUCCGUGUACCCCGCCCAACUACCGAGAAGCUUGCAGCAGAAAAACCAUUUGUUGUCGGCCAACGAGUUCUUGAUGCCUUGUUCCCCAGUGUUCAGGGUGGUACUGUUGCUAUCCCAGGAGCUUUCGGUUGUGGCAAGACUGUCAUUAGUCAAUCUGUAUCCAAGUUCUCAAACAGUGACGUUAUUGUCUACGUUGGAUGCGGAGAGCGUGGAAACGAGAUGGCCGAAGUCUUGAUGGAUUUCCCAGAGCUUUCAAUCGAGAUCGACGGCCGAAAGGAACCUAUCAUGAAGCGUACUGUCCUCAUCGCCAACACCUCGAACAUGCCUGUCGCGGCUCGUGAAGCUUCCAUCUACACUGGUAUUACUUUGGCUGAGUACUACAGGGACCAGGGCAAGAAUGUUGCUAUGAUGGCUGAUUCUACCUCUCGUUGGGCCGAGGCUCUUCGUGAAAUUUCCGGUCGUUUGGGUGAAAUGCCUGCUGAUCAAGGUUUCCCUGCUUACCUGGGUGCCAAGUUGGCCAGUUUCUAUGAACGUGCUGGAAACGUUCAAGCUCUUGGUAGCCCAGAUCGUGAAGGCAGUGUCAGUAUUGUCGGCGCUGUCAGUCCUCCUGGUGGUGAUUUCUCAGAUCCCGUCACUUCCAGUACCCUAGGUAUUGUUCAAGUCUUCUGGGGUCUCGACAAGAAGCUCGCUCAACGAAAGCAUUUCCCUUCAAUCAACACGGGCGUCAGUUACAGUAAAUACACCAAUAUUCUAGACAAGCACUAUGAGAAAGAUUACCCCGAAUUUCCUCGCCUCCGAGACCGUAUCAAGCAGCUCUUGACUGACUCUGAAGAGUUGGACCAGGUCGUCCAAUUGGUCGGAAAAUCUGCUUUGUCCGACCCUGACAAAAUUACGUUGGAUGUCGCUAGUUUGAUCAAGGAAGAUUUCUUGCAACAGAACGGCUAUUCUGACUACGAUCAAUUCUGUCCGAUGUGGAAGACUGAGUGGAUGAUGAAGGCUAUGAUGGGUUUCCAUGAUGAAGCACAAAAGUCUGUUGCCCAAGGCCAGAGUUGGAACAAGGUUCGUGAGGCUACUGGUGACAUACAAUCACAACUUCGAAGCAUGAAGUUUGAGCUUCCUAGUGAAGGCGAAAAAGCGAUCACCAAGAAGUACGAGGACCUUCUCCAAGGUAUGACGGAUAAGUUCGCUGCAGUUACGGAUGAGUAG